AUGAGAGUUGAUGCAAAAGUUUAUUUGAAUGUAAUUGAUUUAAAAGACAUUGGUUCAUUAGACAAAGACAAAUUUCAACAUUAUGAGAUCUUUCCAAAGCUUUGCAUUCACAAACAUAUUAUCUGCACAGUUUCAGCAGCCUCAAACAAACAACAUACAGCAUCAAGAGAUACUGCAAAGUUGGACCGGGAAACUGAAGAAUUACACCAUAGCACUAUCACACUUGAUGUUGGGAAAAUAAUACAGAAAGCAAGAGUAGAGAAAGAAUGGACCCAAAAAGAUUUAGCAACUCGGAUAAAUGAAAAACCUCAAGUAGUGAAUGACUAUGAAGCUGGGAGAGCAAUCCCAAAUAACCAAAUCAUGUCAAAGCUGGAAAGGUCUUUGGGGGUGAGGUUGCGUGGCAAAGAGAAGGGAAUGCCUAUACAACCAAAAAGCAAAAAGUGAACAAUCUAGUCUUUGUGACAUUAAAGCCUACCUGUUCCUUUGAUAAGUUUGAAGUUUAGAAAUGAUAAGCAUGUUUUCAUCGCUGUUGUUCAAGGAACUCAAUAAGUAAAUCAUCUUUAUAAAUUCAUGAGUUGCCUUGUUAUUAGCAGAUUUCUUGCUUGUUGCUUACAGAUUUUGAAAAUGAAACUCAUUUUGCUUUUGUCUUGAAAA